CAGGACUUGACAGAACUAACAAAGAUGCGACGAGGCGAUAUCCACAAUACUAACAUGCAGAGUAAAGAAUAGUAUUCACCGCAACCUUGAUGUGUUCUAUUAAAUGCCACAACACGCUGGGCUAUUAUUGAAUGCCGUAGCAGCGAUUUACUGCCUUGUCGCAUGGAGCCGUGAAGGAAUCGACAUCGAACAGUGAUUGAGUUUCUCAAAGUGGAAUAUUGUAAACAUUGGCCCGGAAACGGAAAAAUGAUAACACAGACUAAGCCCUUUUAGGCCAUCUCCUUAUGUAAUCCACCUGAGGGCUCAGAGCCAAUCAGCAACGACCGACGCAGUAUUCAUUGACGCAGCGGAACUUCGACUCUCGUCCUAAAAUCGCCCGAUAUCCCGUUCAUCAGCCGGACCCUGGACGUCGUGUAGUCUCCGGUUCCAAGUAAUGGAGGCUGUUGCAACUUCACUAGCAUGAUUCCGCACAUCGUGGAACCCCUCUUCAAAGCUACAGACUUACAACGUACACUCACCCAAGAAUGUCCGUGACUCUUAAAAUAUCCUCGCUGGUCAUCCGAACAUUGUCAAAACCUAUUGCUAACCAAAUCAAAGCACAAGCGCGUGAACAUGAGCGAUUCCGACGGUUAUGUGUUUCCUUUGCCCAGUCCCUCCACCGGAUGGAUAUGCGCCUACGGCUGGGUCUCCUACAGAACGCUGCGGCGAUAGAAAAACAGGUGGCGCGAGAGGCUGCUGCUGAAGCCCUCGCGACCAAACAAAAGCAUGGUAUCACGACCGUGAAAACAGAAGCACAAACCAAGCUUGAAGAGUCACUUGCCGCAAAACUAAAGGAAAAGGCCCAAGAGCCUCCGAAACCGCCUCCGCCCAUACGAAUCCGACCACUUUCAGAAGCGAAAGCCAUUGAUUCUGGAGCAACAUUUAUUAGUGAAACAUUUCUGUUUCUGGUUGCAGGUGGUUUGAUAGUAUUCGAGGCGUUCAGAGCACGAAGGAAAGAAACAUCAAGAAGAGAGGAUGUAGCAGAACGCCUCGCUGAAUUGGAAGAGUCCGAAAGGGCGGCGCGGCGCGGUCUCGUUGCGUUAGAGCGGGAAGUUAUACAGCUGAAAGCAAGGCUGGAGAAACAGUCGCCGAAAAGCAUAAAACGCAUCUUACCACGGGAUGUUUGGGAUGUUGAUGAAGAGGAGGAAGAGAUCGAAAAGCCUGGUUGGAUAUCUCAGGUUGUUGGCUAUUUUAAAUGGCCCAGGAAAGCGACUGUCGACAGUACGACUGCUCCUGAGACUGGCAAUUACUCUAGUCCCAUUGUCUCCUCAUCCGCAUACAAACCUUUGAGUGACUCUUCGCAACCGUCUUCCUCUUCGCCAUUACCGUCUCAAGUCUCCAAAUAAAGUUCAAUCGAUAUACCAUCUGAAGAUCAUCCCAGUAAUCAAACUUAUCUAUUUGAGGGAUAUUCAAUCGAUUUACGAGGAAAUCUACAUUGCAAAAUGGUUUCCAAUACCUACUUGACCGUUUCAAUUCUUCCAUGUAUAUUUUACUUGGUUUUCUAGCUGUCGAUACCAACAUAUUUUACCCACAUACCAUGCUUGCUUUUCUUAUAUCGCAGCUGUGGAAACUAAAUUCUCCACUCAGCAACCAACACGAGAAUUCUUCUCAGUUGCCAUGUACUGUACAAAGUCUUCCCGGCGCAUGUAGUUACGUUUCUUCUACUCAAGACUAGAUAGAUCGAGUUCGUUAGCUAGAGUAUAAAGAUAUUAAUCUAGAAUUUAAAGAUGCGACUCCCUCCACCGCGUUUUGAU